UUUUGUUUGGGUUCUUACGAUGGCUCGAACUAAACAAACUGCGCGGAAGUCCACCGGCGGCAAGGCGCCUCGCAAGCAGCUGGCCACCAAGGCGGCCCGCAAGAGCGCGCCGGCCACGGGUGGCGUGAAGAAGCCGCACCGCUACCGGCCCGGCACGGUGGCCCUGCGCGAGAUCCGCCGCUACCAGAAGUCCACGGAGCUGCUGAUCCGCAAGCUGCCGUUCCAGCGCCUGGUGCGCGAGAUCGCGCAGGACUUCAAGACCGACCUGCGCUUCCAGAGCUCGGCCGUGAUGGCGCUGCAGGAGGCGUGCGAGGCCUACCUGGUGGGGCUCUUCGAGGACACCAACCUGUGUGCCAUCCACGCCAAGCGCGUCACCAUUAUGCCCAAGGACAUCCAGCUUGCUCGCCGCAUCCGCGGCGAGAGGGCCGACUGGAAACAUUUACUUGGAGCUGGUGUACUUGGUGACAGCCUUGGUACCCUCGGACACGGCGUGCUUGGCCAGCUCCCCAGGCAGCAGCAGACGUACGGCCGUCUGGAUCUCCCUGGAGGUGAUGGUCGAGCGUUUGUUGUAAUGCGCCAGGCGCGACGCCUCGCCCGCAAUGCGCUCGAAGAUGUCAUUGACGAACGAGUUCAUGAUGCCCAUAGCCUUAGACGAGAUACCGGUGUCCGGGUGGACCUGCUUCAGCACCUUAUACACGUAUACGGAGUAGCUCUCUUUCCGGCUGCGCUUGCGCUUCUUGCCAUCCUUCUUCUGCGCCUUGGUCACCGCCUUCUUAGAUCCCUUCUUCGAAGCAGGAGCAGAUUUAGCCAGCUCAGGCAUGGUCAGUGUUUGCAAUCUCUCAUUAUGGCUCGUACUAAGCAGACCGCUCGCAAGUCCACCGGCGGUAAGGCACCGCGCAAGCAGCUGGCCACCAAGGCGGCCCGCAAGAGCGCGCCGGCCACGGGCGGCGUGAAGAAGCCGCACCGCUACCGGCCCGGCACGGUGGCCCUGCGCGAGAUCCGCCGCUACCAGAAGUCCACGGAGCUGCUGAUCCGCAAGCUGCCGUUCCAGCGCCUGGUGCGCGAGAUCGCGCAGGACUUCAAGACCGACCUGCGCUUCCAGAGCUCGGCCGUGAUGGCGCUGCAGGAGGCGUGCGAGGCCUACCUGGUGGGGCUCUUCGAGGACACCAACCUGUGUGCCAUCCACGCCAAGCGCGUCACCAUCAUGCCCAAGGACAUCCAGCUCGCCCGUCGCAUCCGCGGGGAAAGGGCGUAA